AUGCUGACACUUCCGCUCCUGGUCGCCCCGCGAUUCAUCACUGCCGGGGUUCAGAUUGCAAAAAAGGUCCGAGCGUCCAUUGGCAAGCGGCAAAACUACAGCAGCUUGCAGCUAGUCAUAGAGGACGCCGACGGCAUCUUGCCAAAGUACUUCGGCCUCGGUGGAAUGACGUGCGCUGCGGCGGCAGGCCUCGCGCUGCUGCCUGAUGACAAUGCAGACGUGGCGCCGGCGCGCAACCUCUUCCGCGCUGCGCUGGAGCGGCUGCCCAGCGUCAAGAGCGCGGAAGGCAGCAUCCUCACGGACGGGUUCUUGGACCUCUGCCGCCUCACGCUGCCCCUGAUUGGUCAGUAG